CUCUCUUACACACACCGAGGUGCCAGACAGUCAUCAUGAGAAAGCUCAAACAUCACGAGCAGAAGCUUCUCAAAAAAGUAGACUUUUUGAACUGGAAGCAAGAUGCGUCGCAAAGAGAGGUAAAGGUCAUGCGCAAAUAUCAUAUACAAGACAGAGACGACUAUCACAAGUACAACAAGAUCUGUGGCUCCUUGCGUUCGCUCAUCCAUCGUCUCUCCCUCCUUCCCGCUCAAGAUCCAUUUCGACAACAAAAAGAAGCCGACAUACUCAACAAGUUGUACGACAUGGGGAUCUUGGACACUGGCUCAAAGCCUUCUGACGUGGAGAAUAAAGUUACCGUAUCUUCCAUCGCUCGUCGUCGCUUAGCCGUCGUCGUCGCUCGUCUUCGUAUGGCGGAGACUGUAUCAGAUGCUGUACGUACCAUCGAGCAAGGACACGUCCGCGUCGGCACAUCGCCAGUCACUGACCCGGCCAUGCUAAUCACUCGACAUAUGGAGGACUUUGUGACUUGGGUGGACACCAGUGCCAGGAAGAGGACAAUCAUGAAGUAUAAUGACGAGUUGGACGAUUUCGACUUGUUAUGACGAGAAUGUCUGUACACAAUUAACAACAACAACAACCUUUACAUCGUCAUCUAUACCCCGCACGUCAAUACCCGCUAUGUCUGCAUGCCUGUACUAGUAUC